AUGGCGCCGCUAGAGGCAACUAAACGACGGAUUGACCCUGAAGGGGGAAAGGGCGUCAUCCCUGUGGAGUUUGACGAAGGAACUUCACCAGCGCAAGAAAGACGCGAUCGACUCUUGAAUCCGCUGUCUCCCUCACCCAGUCCCCACUUCAAUGGAGCACUACAGCAGUGCGUUUACCCUCAUAUCUUGUCAUUUAACACAUUUGCGGACUGUUAUGUGGAAGAAAUGGUCAAAGACCUACCGUUUAUCUUCGUGGAUCCCUACUUUGACCCAGAUCGACAUGAAGCCAAUCCUUACUACAAACCACUUGACUAUCUAAAACUGGGAAUCGCAGAGGCUGUCCUUGGCUUUCCGCAUAAAGUUGGCAUGGGCGACCUCCAGGCAAAUUCACACAACAGCAACAGACUGCUCCCUCGUCACUGCCGAGAGUCGCACAUCUCCUAUGGGGCCCCUCUUCAUGUCAGCUUUGUCUGCUGGAGAACUGGAGACGAAAACAGCGUGGCAUUCAAGAAGACUAUGGUAGUUGGGCAUGUGCCAGUUAUGGUAAAGAGCAACCGCUGCAGUUUGUCAGGCAUGAGCCCAACCGAGAUGGUAAAAGCUGGAGAGGACUUGGAUGAACUAGGCGGCUACUUCAUUAUUAACGGCAACGAACGCGUGUUGCGCUUCGUUAUUCAGCAGAAGACAAACUAUCCUAUUGCUCUCAAAAGAGAGAGCUUUAGGAACCGCGAGAUCUUCGCCACUGAUCUUGCAAUUCUUCUAAGGAGCCAGAGGCAAGCUACAGUCCACUCUCCUGGAUUAUUACUUGAUGGAACGUGCACAUCCAACAUUCUGCUUGAUACGGAAGAUGGGAGGUGCUGCUACCGUAUUUUGCUUAAUCGGCAGGAGCACUUCUGUCCAUUUCUCCUGUUGCUGCGAUGCGUGGGUGGGGGGCUGUCAUUACAACAGUUCAAGCUCAAGUUCAUGGAGGGGUCAUGGAGUGACGUUACAGAAGCUACACAGUUGCAUGCGCUAUUUGAAGAAGCUUGGGGGAAUGAGAAGGACUUUGUUGAUACAGAUAUUACGGAGCAUAGGCCAUUGCAUCAGCUUGGCCAAGUGUUCUGGAGAGGCGUAGCUUGGCUGCUGCCUCCUGGGAGUACCUAUGAAGACGCCGGGAGGUUCAUCAUCGAUCGGUACGUGCUCGUCCAUGUAAAGGAUUGGGCCAGUAAGUUUGAGACGCUCCUGUUGAUGUUUCGGAAGCUACGACAGCUGCGGGCGGGGAAGAUACCGCCGGAGAGUAUGGAUGCUUUCGCGUAUCAAGAGGUAGUACUUCCUGGACAGAUCCUCGCAUCAGUACUGAAGGAUGCACUUUUCGCUGCAUUGAUCAAGCUCCGCACGCAGUACACGGUAGAGCUAAGGCAAGUCAAGGCAGCUGGUCACGAUCCGAGCCUAGUUAUAUCCUCAAACAAGUUCUUUGACGCUGCCACCGAGCGCUGCGCUUCGGAAAUCGGCCACAAGAUCAAUUACUUCAUGGCCACAGGCAACAUUCGGACGACCCAGCUGGAUCUUCAGCAGGUUCGCAAGCUUUUAGGAGAAAGCUGGGGAUUUCUGUGCCCUGUCCACACGCCCGAUGGUGCUCCCUGUGGUCUCUUAUUGCAUUUGUCCCAGUUCGCUCAGCCAGUAGCGGUGCCACCUGACAAGGGGGCAGUGGCAGCGGUACGGCUCUUCAUGAAGGUUCGUGGGGCAUGCGUGGAUCUUGAAGGCGUCUCUGGAUUGCCUCCUUCGGACCUUGGGGCCGCUGCCGGGGGACAGGCCCUCGCCCAGUUUGGCGCAGGAAGCGUUAAAUGUAUACCGCUUGUUGUUGACGGUGUAGUUGUGUGUAAGAUACGGAAGACCGAAUUUAAGUUUUGGUUCGAUCAGUUGCGUCACGCGAAGGGAUGUGGCAAUCAGUUUGAAGGCAUUUUUAUAUUUACCAUGCCUGGCCGGCUUGUGCGGCCAGUCAAGCAUUUGGCUACUGGACGAGUUGAGUUCAUAGGGCCUCUACAGCAGCCGUGGAUGUCAAUCGCAUGCCGUGACCGGAACGUCGCGAUUAACGAACGUUCUAUGAGAGCACAUCUCCCGAUUGUUGAAGAGCUUCUGCUUGACCAAAGUACAGGAGGGGACAAGGCAGAGAGCAGAGUGGAAAAGCUAGAGAAUGCUUAUCAAGCGUUGCUUGAUGAAGAGCGCAACAUGGCGAGGUGUAAUAGUGACCCCAGAAAUCUGGGCAGCAUAAAGGAAGCUCGAGAAGCCCUAGCCACUAGCCAUGUCCCACUGCAUUACGAAUACGUUGAACUGAGCCCAACGGCUUUCCUUAGUGUCACAGCGGCCCUCACCCCAUUUAGUAAUCACAACCAAAGCCCAAGGAAUAUCUAUCAAUGCCAAAUGUUGAAGCAGACCAUGGGCACACCAUUCCAUGCGAUACCAUUUAGGCAUGACAACAAGGCUUACCGCCUCAUAACUCCACAGAAACCGCUUCUGCGGACGCGAGAUUACCGGCAGAUUGAUUUCGAUGAUUAUCCAACAGGAGUGAAUGCAGUGGUUGCCGUAAUGUGCUAUACCGGCUUCGACAUGGAAGAUGCCAUGAUCCUCAACAAGUCUUCUGUGGAGCGCGGCUUGUUCCACGGAUGUGUGUACAAAACCAAGAUAAUAGACGCUGCCCCAAGUGGAUCUCGCGCACAAGAUGCUGAGGAAUACCAGUUCACGAAUACCAGCAAACUCGGUCGGAAAUGCAUCCCUUCGCUUGACGCGGAUGGCUUCCCUGCCAUCGGUGCUUGCAUUAAUACCCUGCUGCUAUUUGGCCGUCUUCAGGAAUCGGGAUUAGUACCAGACAUUUUGUUCAAUCCGCACGGCUUUCCAAGUAGAAUGACAAUUGGAAUGCUUAUUGAGAGUAUGGCUGGCAAGGCAGCUGCAGUGCAUGGAGCUUUUCAGGAUGCAACAGCCUUUCGGGAGUUCAAGAAACAGCAGAAAACUGGGAACCGUUGGAUCGAUCAAGAGGGACACCAUGGAUAUGUCCUGCGAGGGGAGCGCUACCGGACACCUGAAGAGGAGGCACUAGCCCAAGAGCAAGGCGACACUCCCGUAGAUUACUUCGGUAAAGCCCUCUUGGCCUCAGGCUACCAGUACUAUGGCAGGGAAGAGCUCUACAGCGGCGUCUAUGGAGUACCGCUUACAUGUCACAUAUUUACUGGCCUCAUCUAUUACCAGCGUCUGAGGCACAUGUGUUCGGACGCGCACCGUGCGUUUUGUUGCCCUAGCUGCGGCAGCAUCCUGUCUCCGGCACAAUCGCCAAGCCUCAAGGGGCGCUCCGUUGGCGGGAAGAGGCCGGUGCCUCUUUGCCGCAUUUGUGCUGUGCCAUGCCGGCUUGUGCAACUGCCAUACAUUUUCCGGUACUUGUCCAAUGAGUUGGCGUCGAUGAAUGUGACAGUCCGUCUCGAACUUGAUCACUUGGGAUUCCCCGUAAAGCCCCAGCAUGAAGGCCAACAAGAGCAGCCUCCACAGGAUGGCGCGUCUGCAAAGUGUGUUCCUUCGUUGGAGACUCCGCUUGGGAGGCGGACGAGGUGCUUUGUUGUCUGUCUGAGUUUUAUCGACUACGAUUUAAAACGUUAG